CAAUCAUCAGGCCGUUUGGGAGACACUAAUUGAAUGAUUGAUACAAACGUUGGCAGAGCAGAGCCUUUAUGGGAGCGGUGGAGCGACGCGUCCGUCCAAUCGUCUCCGUCCCUGGCAGGAGCCGCAGUGUGUCUUUGGAGGCUGCUGAGGCUGCGCAUGAUGGAGGUGAAGCCAAGCCGUCGCGUCUGCUCUCCUUGGAUGCUUUCCGAGGGCUUGCCCUGACAGUGAUGGUGUUUGUGAACUACGGUGGAGGCGGCUACUGGUUCUUCCAACACGCUCCCUGGAACGGUUUAACGGUGGCUGAUCUGGUCAUGCCCUGGUUUGUGUUUAUAAUUGGGACUUCGGUGGUUUUGGCCUUCAGCUCCAUGCAGAGGAGAGGAGUCGGCCGCCUGCAGCUGCUGAGAAAAAUCACCUGGAGGACAGUUGUGCUGUUGAUAAUCGGCUUCUGCUUUCUCAACUAUUCUCCCCGAGAUGGACCGCUGUCCUGGUCCUGGCUCAGGAUCCCCGGAGUGCUGCAGCGUCUGGGCUUCACCUACUUUGUUCUGUCUCUCCUGCAGACUUUCUGGGGCCAGAAUCAAAUCCCAGAGCGAGCUCCCCAGUGGCGGAGUGCUGCCCAGGACGUCCUCCUGUUCUGGCCUCAGUGGCUGAUUAUCAUCCUGCUGGAGACGUUAUGGCUGUGCGUCACCUUCCUCCUGCCGGUACCCGGCUGCCCGGCAGGAUAUCUGGGAGCCGGCGGGAUCGGCGAUGACGGUCUUUACCCAAACUGCACUGGGGGGGCAGCAGGUCACAUCGACCGAUGGAUGUUUGGUGACAACAUGUACAGAUACCCCACUUGGAAAGAAAUGUAUCUCACUGCGCUGCCCUUCGACCCAGAAGGGAUUCUGGGAACCAUCAACUCCAUUGUGAUGGGAUUUCUGGGGAUGCAGGCUGGAAAGAUUAUCGUUUUCUACAAGGGAAAGAACAUCCACAUUCUGUGUCGAUACCUGGUGUGGGCCGUCAUCCUGGGAAUCUCCGCAGCCAUCCUCUCUAAGUGCACGCGAGACGGAGGAUUUAUACCUGUCAAUAAAAACCUUUGCUCGUAUCUCUGCAGGUCGCUGUCCUACGUCACGGCCAUGGGGUGUUUCUCCUUCCUGCUGCUGGGAGCCAUGUUCUUCAUCAUUGACGUGAAUGGCUGGUGGCGAGGGCAGCCGUUCCUGUACCCAGGGAUGAACUCCAUCUUUGUGUACGUUGGCCACUCGCUGCUCGGCUUCUACUUCCCCUUCAGCUGGGAGAUUGGUUUCCAGCAGAGCCACUGGGAGUUGCUGCUGCAGAACCUGUGGGGAAGCGGGCUUUGGGUUCUCAUCGCCUUCCUCCUCUUCAAGAAGAAGUUUUUCCUCAAAAUAUAACAUUCCCAAUCAAAUCCUGCAGAAACUCUAACCCACAAGCCUUAAAAGAUGUUAAAUAAUCUGUUUUUUGGUGCUUUGAGUGGCACCUUGAUGUCUCUGGGUUUCCAUAGCAACCGCAGACAGCAUCUACGCGUCAGACUGUAGUUUGGCCUAGAAGUGCUGUCACCCUUCAGAUGUAAAUAUGUAAUCUCUACUGGAAAUGUCUUGAGUUUAAAAGAUUAAGUUAAAUUUGGACUGAAUGUUUUGACAGCAAAAAAGUUUGUAGUUUGGAAAAAUCAUAGGAUGAAAAUUUAACUAAUAGUUUGUUUCACUCUUUUUUUUUUUAUCAAAGUCAAAAUGUUUUGUUUUUCUUCCCCUACUUGUUUCAAGAUUUGGGAUUGGUUGGAUGAGUAAAAAAAAAAA